AUGACUACAACGACAACGACGCCCGUUUGUGUUUCUUUUACGCAACCACCACCGCAUUCUAUAUGCAAAAAUCCAAAAUGGAGUCAAAACGGAAUUAGAGUGGCCGGAAAUGUCAUUGCUGGAUCAACUAGUUCUCAACUUAAUCAUCCACGAGGAAUAUUCAUUGAUCGGCAUGAUGAUCUCUAUAUAGCAGAUUCGUGGAAUAGUCGAGUACAAAGGUUUGUACAAAAUUCAUUACUGGGCGCUACAGUUGCCGGAGGGAACGGAGAAGGUAAUGGUGUCACUCAGCUCAGUUCUCCACAAGAUGUCUUUGUCGAUUCAGUUGGUAAUUUAUUCAUUGCUGAUUACGGCAGUUAUCGUAUACAAAAAUGGACUAUGAAUAGUGGACAGGGUACAACCGUUGCUGGUAAUGGAACUGAUCAAUCUUGCAGACCUCGAGGAGUUUUUGUUGAUAAGAAAGAUAUUUACGUAUCAGAUCAUACGACCGGAUACCUAAUGAAAUAUUCGUCGCUCGAUUCAAACUUUGGAACGGUCAUUGCUAAAGAUAUAUCCUCAUCGGCAGGUAUGUUUGUCGAUCAAUGUGAUACGGUUUAUGUAGCAGACAGUGGCCGUCACAGUAUAGAAAAAUUUAUGAAAAAUAGUUCCAGAGGAAUAACUGUAGCUGGUAUUAAAUAUGUACGUGGUUCCGCUUCAAAUCAACUAAGUGGUCCCAACGAUGUUACAAGUGAUCAAUAUGGAAACUUGUACAUUGCUGAUACAGGCAAUCAUCGUAUUCAACGAGUGAGUGCCAAGGACGGUAGGAUGAAAACAAUCGUUGGAAUAACAGGAGAAAAAGGAACUGAUGCUAAACAUCUAGAUGAGCCAGUUAGCGUUGCUUUAGAUUCAGAAUGGAAUUUAUAUGUUAGUGAUUACGUAAAUUCUCGUAUUCAAAAAUUUUCAUUUGAAAGUGGCGAUCUUUACUGUUAA